AUGGCCCACGGUGCGCAGCUUGAGGCGUCGGACAUGCUGAAGCCGGGGGACCCCAGCGGCUCGGCCUUCCUCAAAGUGGACCCAGCCUAUCUGCAACACUGGCAGCAACUCUUCCCGCACGGCGGCGGCGGCGGCCCGGCCCCCGCGCGCGGGCCUCGCACUCCCAACCUGAACCCCAACCCGCUCAUCAACGUGCGCGACCGGCUCUUCCACGCGCUCUUCUUCAAGAUGGCUGUCACCUACUCGCGCCUCUUCCCGCCUGCCUUUCGCCGUCUCUUCGAGUUCUUCGUGUUGUUGAAGGCCCUGUUUGUGCUCUUCGUCCUGGCCUACAUCCACAUCGUCUUCUCCCGCUCGCCGGUCAACUGCCUGGAGCACGUGCGUGACCAGUGGCCGCGCGAGGGCGUCCUGCGUGUGGAGGUGCAGCACAACUCCAGCCGCGCACCCGUCUUCCUGCAGUUCUGUGAGGGCGCCGGCCGGGGCGCCUUCCCCGGCUUGGCCGUGGAGCCUGGCCUGGAGCUGGAGGACGAGGAGGAAGAGGAGCUGACCAUGGAGAUGUUUGGGAACAGCUCCAUCAAGUUUGAGCUGGACAUCGAGCCCAAGGUGUUCAAGCCGCCAGGUGGCGCUGGCAACGGCAGCCAGGAGCUCCCCUUCCCCGAGACGCCCAGUAAAGUGUGGCCGCAGGACGAGUACAUCGUGGAGUACUCGCUGGAGUACGGCUUCCUGCGGCUGUCCCAGGCCACGCGGCAGCGCCUCAGCAUCCCCGUCAUGGUGGUCACCCUGGACCCCACGCGGGACCAGUGCUUCGGAGACCGCUUCAGCCGCCUGCUGCUGGCCGAGUUCCUGGGCUACGACGACAUCCUCAUGUCCAGCGUGAAGGGCCUGGCCGAGAACGAGGAGAACAAGGGCUUCCUCCGCAACGUGGUGUCGGGGGAGCAUUACCGCUUCGUGAGCAUGUGGAUGGCACGCACCUCCUACCUGGCCGCCUUCAUCAUCAUGGUCAUCUUCACCCUGAGCGUCUCCAUGCUGCUCCGCUACUCCCACCACCAGAUCUUUGUCUUCAUUGUGGACCUGCUGCAGAUGCUGGAGAUGAACAUGGCCAUCGCCUUCCCUGCAGCGCCCCUGCUGACCGUCAUCCUGGCCCUCGUUGGCAUGGAGGCCAUCAUGUCGGAGUUCUUCAACGACACCACCACGGCCUUCUACAUCAUCCUCAUCGUGUGGCUGGCCGACCAGUAUGAUGCUAUCUGUUGCCACACCAACACCAGCAAGAGGCACUGGCUGCGGUUCUUCUACCUGUACCACUUUGCCUUCUACGCCUACCACUACCGCUUCAACGGGCAGUACAGCAGCCUGGCCUUGGUCACCUCCUGGCUCUUCAUUCAGCAUUCCAUGAUCUACUUCUUCCACCACUACGAGCUGCCCGCCAUCCUGCAGCAGAUCCGCAUCCAGGAAAUGUUGCUGCAGACCCCGCCGCUGGGCCCCGGCACCCCCACGGCGCUGCCAGACGACCUGAACAACAACGGUGGCCCCCCAGCUGCUGCCCCUGACCCUUCUGGCUCACCCCCUGCCCUGGGCCCUGGCUCUCAGGGUGCUAGCGGGGGGCCCGGGCCAAUGGCCGCGGCGCCCAGCUCCCUGGUGGCUGCGGCUGCCUCAGUGGCUGCGGCCGCCAGUGGUGACUUAGGCUGGAUGGCAGAGACGGCUGCCAUCAUCACCGACGCCUCCUUCCUGUCGGGCCUCAGUGCCUCCCUCCUGGACCGGCGGGUCGCUGGCCCCUUGACUCCUAGCGGGGCGCUCCCUCAGGUCCCCCAGGACAGCGACCCCCUGAUGCUUGACACAGCCCCCCCCGCCACAGGGGUGAGUGGGCCUGACCCCACGUCUUCAGCUCCAGCAGACGCCCCCUCGCAGGUGGGGUCCUGAGACAGCCCUUCAGCUGAGCCGCCUGUCCCUGGCUACCCUGGCCCACGGGGCCGACCUGGCUGGAUCCCUCGGGUCCAGAGACGGUCCUGGUGGCCCUGGGGCUGCCUCGGGUGGUGACAGUUGUCACUUGCCCAGACGGCAGGCUCCUCUGCCCCAGGCGUGGGGCCCACCUGAGGCAUGUCCUUACCCCGUUUGUGGCGAGCCCCUCAGCCAGCAUGGGAUGAGUCUGAGCAGGAGAGGUCGGGGCGCUACAGAGGGUUACGAAAGGGUUGGUGCAAGGUCUGGAGCGAGCUGCCCCUGAGGGCGGCGCGGGCAGUCUGCGCUUGGAGGCCAGUCGGGCUUCCCGGGGUCUGGUCGGCUGGCCCAGCUGGUGCUCUGUCACGCGCAGUGCCUUUUCCACGCCCCGCCCCACGUGUGCGUGCCAUUGCAAGGGAACGGGCGGCCAGCCCGGCCACGGGCACGGACGUGGCUGAGGGUGCCAGCAUUGGCAGCAGCUGCUGGGCACGCGCCUCCAGCCUGCACCAGCAGCAGGGCCGGCGGCCACACCAAUCACUCGAGGAAUGCAGAAGAGCGCUCAUUCCACUCUAUUUAAUUGCAGUGUACAAAUUGUGUUUGUAUAUAGAAUAAACUGUUGACCGCGG